CCCGAGUUUGCUCCUUUUUAAAAACGGGUAACACUCGGAUGUGCGUUCUUUUGUUUUAGUUUCUGUAAUGAAUUCCGGCUGUCAAAACUCGUAGUAGUCCAUCCUUUUUUCCAAAUGCCUCGCCUGCCAGUGUCGCUCUGCAUGUGGGUAUAGCCGAUGCCUCCAACCUGCGCCCUGGAGAAGACCACACGGGAUUUAUUUAAAUAAUCUUUUAUAAAUUCCUCCUUUUUAUUUUGGAAGCGCAUCAACCUUUUUUCUUCCUCCAAUAAUGGCUGAUGCGAAUGCAGAAUGCAAUAUCAAGGUGUUGUGUCGAUUUCGUCCGAUGAACCAGUCCGAAAUUAUCCGAGGAGAUAAGUUCAUCCCAAUAUUUCAAGGAGAAGACACUGUCAUCCUCGGGGGGAAGACGUACGUGUUUGACCAAGUGUUCCCCACCAACACCUCCCAGGAACAGGUCUACAACACCUGUGCCAAGCAGAUAGUCAGAGAUGUCCUGGGCGGAUACAAUGGGACCAUCUUUGCCUAUGGGCAGACAUCCUCGGGAAAGACGCACACCAUGGAGGGAAACCUUCAUAAUCCCCAGGGAAUGGGAAUCAUUCCCCGGAUCGCUGAGGACAUUUUUGAACAUAUAUUUGCUAUGGAUGAGAACCUUGAAUUCCAUAUAAAGGUAUCCUACUUUGAGAUCUACUUGGAUAAAAUCCGGGACCUGCUGGAUGUGACAAAAACCAACCUUUCAGUGCAUGAGGACAAAUACAGAGUUCCUUAUGUGAAGGGCUGCACCGAGCGCUUUGUCACCAGUCCUGAGGAAGUGAUGGAUGUGAUAGAUGAAGGAAAGGCCAGCCGUCACGUCGCUGUCACCAACAUGAAUGAGCACAGUUCCCGCAGUCAUAGCAUCUUCCUGAUAAACAUCAAACAGGAAAACGUGGAGACGGAGCAGAAGCUGAGUGGGAAGCUGUACCUGGUUGACCUGGCCGGUAGUGAGAAGGUCAGUAAAACAGGGGCAGAGGGAGCGGUGCUGGAUGAGGCCAAGAACAUCAACAAGUCUCUGUCAGCCCUGGGGAACGUCAUCUCCGCCUUGGCCGAGGGAACGAAAUCCCACGUGCCGUACCGUGACAGCAAAAUGACUCGCAUCCUGCAGGACUCGCUGGGCGGAAACUGUCGCACCACCAUGUUCAUCUGUUGCUCUCCCUCCAGCUACAACGAUGCAGAGACCAAAUCCACCUUGAUGUUUGGCCAACGAGCCAAGACCAUCAGAAACACUGUAUCCGUGAACCUGGAGCUCACAGCAGAGCAGUGGAAGAAGAAAUACGAAAAGGAGAAGGAGAAGAACAGAUCAAUGAAGGAGACUAUUCAAAGGCUCGAGGCUGAGCUGAACUGCUGGAGGGACGGUGAGAACGUGUCGGGGCAGUUGAGUGAAGGAUCGGAGGAUGUUCCCCUUGUGCCUCCAGAAUCCGAGGAGCAGCUUCUUGACAUCUGCAGCCCAUGCACCCCGUGCUCCAUGGCGUCCUCCAUUGUGGUUCACAUUUCUGAGGAGGAGCGGCAGAAGUAUGAGGAGGAGAUCCGCAAGCUGUACAAACAGCUGGACGAUAAGGAUGAUGAGAUCAACCACCAGAGCCAGAUGGUGGAGAAGCUGAAAGAACAGAUGCUCGACCAGGAGGAGCUCCUAGCAUCAUCCAGGGGCGACAGUGAGAAGGUGCAGUCUGAACUCGGCAGGCUGCAGACAGAGAACGAAUCUGCUAAGGCGGAGGUGAAGGAGGUCCUGCAGGCCCUGGAGGAGCUGGCUGUCAACUACGACCAGAAGAGCCUGGAGGUGGAGGACAAGAGCAUGCAGAACAAGCUGCUGGCUGAAGAGUUUGAAAAGAAAAUGGGUCACCUGAUGGCCUUAGAGGCGGAGCUGUCCCGCAUCCAAGAAGUGAGCAGCCACCAGAGGAAACGCAUCGCUGAGAUUCUCAACGGGCUCAUGAAGGACCUGAGUGAGUUCAGCACCAUCGUUGGCAACAAGGACAUCAAGUUGCCAAUGGAGAUCACGGGCGUGAUCGAAGAGGAGUUCACCGUGGCUCGCCUCUACAUCAGCAAGAUAAAGUCAGAGGUGAAGUCCAUGGUGAAGCGUUGCCGCCACCUGGAGAACCUUCAGAUAGAGUGUCACCGCAAGAUGGAGGAGACAGGGCGAGAGCUCUCCUCCUGUCACCUCCUCAUAUCACAGCAUGGGGCAAAGAUCCGUUCUCUAACAGAGUACAUGCACAACAUGGAGCUGAAGAAGAGGCAGCUGGAGGACAGCUACGACUCUCUGAGCGAGGAACUGGCCAAACUCCGAGCUCAAGAGAGCGUGUCACAGAUGUCCAGCGGAAAGAAUCAAACGUCUGUCCUGGACUGCAGUGAUAUAAAGAGGGCUCUGGAGCAGCAGAUGGACUCUUACCAUGAAACGCACAGCAAACAACUUGGCCACCUGCGAGACGAGAUCAAUGAGAAGCAGAAGUUCAUUGACGAGUUAACUGACUGUAACCAGCGGUUGCAGCUGGAGCUGGAGCAACUGCACGAUGACUUUGAACAUCUCAGGGGCCAAGAACAUCACAAGAGCCGGCAGCUGGAGGAACUGACAUUUCUCCAUGAGCGACAUGAGCAGUCGAAGCAGGACCUCAAAGGGCUGGAGGAGACUGUUGCCCGCGAGCUCCACACCCUGCACAACCUCCGCAAGCUUUUUGUUCAAGACCUCACGAGUCGAGUUAGAAAAAGUGCAGGGAUGGGACCCAAUGAGACUGGGGGAUACAUCACCCAGAAACAGAAGAUUUCCUUUCUUGAAAACAACCUGGACCAGCUUACAAAAGUUCACAAACAGCUGGUGCGUGACAAUGCAGACCUUCGCUGUGAGCUUCCGAAACUGGAGAAACGUCUUCGGUCUACAGCUGAGCGAGUCAAGGCGCUGGAGGGUGCGCUGAAGGAGGCGAAGGAGGGCGCCAUGAAGGACCGCUGCCGCUACCAACAGGAGGUGGAGCGGAUCAAAGACGUCAUGAGGGCCCGCAAUCCCUUCCGCCGGCCCCAUGCUGCACAGAUCGCCAAGCCGGUGCGUCCUGGCCACUACCCACUCUGCUCUCCCACCAACCCCUUCUUCAUCCGAGGCUACAGCGAUCACCCCGCCGCCCUCUGCAACACCGUUUUCCACAACAGCAACAACCAACAGGCAGCGGCCUCUGCAGCUCCUGCGACGCCAAAGAGUGAGGCCCGGUUACCCAAGGCCGACUCCAACAGGAACAGCCCCGUCAAGCACCUAGACUCCCGAAACAGCGACGCACACGAUGGCGACUCUCAGAACAACACACCUCCAGCCGAAGCAGCGAGCCAAGCUGACAACACUGCAGAGAUGCUCGAUUCAGAAAACGGAAACAGCACCGAUAUCAAUGACAACAGCAUGAGUCUGAAUGUGAAUUCUGUGUCCAGAACUGACGUCUGCGACAAUCAGGACCCAGCCAAACUCUACAGCCUGCAACAGGAGGCCUCCGCCAGCUAAUAGUCCUGAGCAGGUGGAUGUUUUUUCCGAGGCCCCCUCUGUAAAUCUGCAUGCAGCCAAUCACAGUCCUCUCAGACUCCCCUUCCUCUCUCAUCCUCACCCACUGUAAACAGACCUCUAUCUCCUGCCCCCCCCCCCCCUUUGCUUGCUCCUCUGCCGCCCGUCCUCUUUUCUGUGCUAUGACGUUUGGGGUGUAUGUGAGUAUCAGUCUGGCAAACACUGCAUCUCAAAAUCCAGACCUGGCAGCUUACACCCAUGUUUCUGCUGCACCCAUUCCCCCAUGACUCGGAAUACAAAGGGACUUAAAAUGGAAAGGUGGGGGAAGAGAAGGUGCAGCGCUGUGGGUGACCACUAGGCAGUGCUGUUUGUUUUAACGAUGCAGUCACAGUGGACGUUAACCAGUAAAUGAUACAUGAAACUGAAAUUAAUAUUUUUUUUAUUUAUUAAUUAUAAAACGUGAGUAUGGUUCGGAAGUGUGAACAAACCUCAAUGAUACUUUUAACUGUGCAUGUUGAUGUUGGUCUUCAGCUUUUCUGGGAAAAUACACAAAAGAAGAAGAAAGCUUGUAAAGCAAAAAUGAUUGUCAACGUUUUAAAAGUCUAAAUACCAGAACAGAAGAGUGUGUGUGAAUGCAAAUGAGCUAUACACCCUUUAACAUAGGUGUGUUUAAAAAAAAUAAAAAAAUCAGAGCCGCACAUACCGUCAUUAUACCUCAUUGUUUAGAAGACAAGAGCGGUUAAAGACAGGGAAAAAAAUAAAAAAUCCUGGGUUCACAAUUUAAUCCACAACCACCUCAAAAGUUGGUGUUUUUUCCAAACCCAAGUUUGGUGGGAAUUGGUUUCGUAGCUGACAAACCUCCUGUAGAAUGUAACUGAACUACGAUAAAAAUUAAAGACACAUUUUGUUACGCUGCAGGAUAUUUAAGAUGUCAAUAUUCCAUAUUUUCACCGAUUAGAAUAGCAGGAAUAUUAAUCCACAAACACCCAGACACCCGCAUGAAUCUUGAUGCUUGAGGUUGUUGUGAUACUGGCACUUUGCACAGGAAGAAGCCACCGCGCUAAUGAAGAAGUUGGUUGGAGGGUCGCUUAAAAUAAAAACACGUAAAUAGUCAAUGGUGAAGAUCUGCUGCCACAGCGUGUCUGACUCUCAGUGGACAUCAUUUGCUUUAACUAGAAUGACAAACAACUUGAUCUGAAUCAGCAGUAAAAAAAACACAUUCAUCUUUUUAAGAGGCUGAACGUGUCAAAUUAUCAGUGGGAAAAAACAAAUUGCUCAACGGGGAUCAUAUGUGAGAUAUUCAGCCAUUGUCAUUCAUACAAGAGCAUGACAGAGUGGAGAAAAACAAGUGUGUAGCAACUAUUUUUAUACUAUGUUCUAAUUUCAAAGAUAAUAUAUCAUUUAUCCUCUGCUCUAUUUAAAGUGUUAUUUAUUUGUUCCUUACUGAUAAUUUGUGUGAGUUAAAGUGAAGCGUCUGUAUUUGUUUUGACGUGUAAAUGUAUUUCCUGUGCUGCGGAAUGAUAAAAUGGGUUCACAUGUGCAGCUGCUGUUCCAAAAUGAAUUGAUGACGAUUCUUGAAGAUGCAACUCAGACUGAAACCAAAGCCCUGAUUGUAUAGUGAGUCAUUCAACGUGGACUUAAUAUGAGCUCAGCAGGAGACGUGACGCGAGGGGUUACUGUAGGUUAUCAAGAGGCGGCUCAGCUUUGUCUUAUCACACACGCACACACACAUGCAAAGCCUAAAUAAGGUGUCUGACCUUUGACCCAACAAAUACAGUUAUAUUGCAUAUCCUGUAUUAAUUACUAUGGUGUAGUCCAGGUUAUUUGAGCAGAUAAAGAUAAAAUGACCCAGUGUCUGUUGCUCUCUGUCGACUUCCUGAUCAACCAGUCAGGAUGUGGUAGUUGAGGGUGUAAGUCUUCUGUGUGUGUGACAGAGCAAUAGAGAGACAAUACAGACCAGUGUUGCUCUAGAGCACAACUGAAUACAGGGACCAAGCACAUUCGGGAGAUACAAAUUUGUUUUGAGGGACCUUGAAAUAAAUUACACUGUAAUAAGUACUUUUUAAUUUAAUUGGUAAUGUAGUAGUUUGUGUCCUUUUACAAAAACUGUAUCAUGAACAUAUACAUGUGUUGAUUAGCACUUUGUACCAAAUGUUAUGGUUCUUGUUUCAUUCAUU